AUGGCGAUGAUGCACUCGAUUCUUUUAAUAAUAUUAAUCACAUGUCAAAUCUGUACAUCCACAGUUUUAUUUCGUCUAACAAUUAUUUUCUGGGCACAAUGCACGUUUCGCAAAAUUUUAUUUGGCCUUAUCUUUCAAACGAAACAAUGCGAAUCUUCAACGACAGUGAACAGAUCUGUUGAUAGAAUGACACCAGCACUAUUAUCUCGUAUCCGCACAAAGACAUGGCCAGAGUUUCUCAACGAAACAUCAAACAGUCUUUCAUCGAAAUCGCAUAACAUUGAACAAUGGCGAACAUGGUUCAUAAAUAAACAAACAAAAACGAACAGUUAUUUCACACGUAAUCACUCUGUUGACAGUGAUAUUAUAUUUGAUCAUCGAUUAGUUCUCGAAGCCUAUCGACAUAAAAAGGUCGUUGGUUCACUUGAACCGAUUCCCAAUGAUUGUUUUCAAAUGGCAAGCCCAAUCAAUGGAACAGAUUCGUCAAAAUCAUCGGAUUCGAAACAAAACGAAUUUCUUUCUUUUCUUUAUAAUUGUGACUUAGUUGAUGGUGAUUUUAUCAAGACGCUGUACAAAUAUUUAGAUAUAAUUAAAAUGAAACAUCGUAAUGAGAACAUCAUAAAACAAAUCCGAAAAUUAUUACAAAACAAUCCUCAUACAAAGUAUCUUUUUGCUGUUGGUUCAGCUCAUCUCUUUGGAAAUAUCAGCAUUCUUCAUAUGUUACAAGAACAGUAUCCCAAUGAAUAUCAUAUUCAACGAAUAAAUGUGACAAGUCCAUAUUUUACGCAUCAAAAUUGUUCAGAUAAUGAAUUUCACCGGUUGACCAAUAAAAUGAAUCGAAGUGUAAACCAGACGUUUGACAAAAGAUUCAUCGACAAUGAACAUUUAUAUCAAUUAGCUGCAUCGUUUCUCAGUUAA